AUGGCUGCCGUCCGCGAGUGGUCCUGCACCCGCUGCACCUUUCUGAACCCCGUCGGCCAGCGGCAGUGCUCCAUUUGCGAAGCCCCCCGCCAGAAGCCCGACCUCAACCACAUCCUGCGGCUCAGCGUGGAGGAACAGAAAUGGGCUUGUGCCCGCUGCACCUUCAGGAACUUUCUGGGCAAGGAAACCUGCGAGGUAUGUGGCUUCACCCCAGAGCCAGGGCCCAGCGGCUCCCCCUUGCCCGUCAUCAACGGCAUCCUGCCCAAGCCCGCCGUGCUUGUGGAGCCCAAGGGCACGUCCAAGGAGGAGGCUGCCAAGGCAGAAAGCAGCAGCGAGGACUCGGAGGGGAAGAGCCCUGAUGAAGCGGAGCUGGAGAGUGGCUGGGCUUGCCAGCGCUGCACACUGCACAACACGCCGGUGGCCAACUCCUGCUCUGCCUGCGGUGGCCCACGCAAGCUCUCCCUGCCCAAGAUCCCACCAGAGGCGCUGGUCGUCCCUGAAGUCAUCACCCCUGCUGGAUUUCACAUGGCCCCCUCUACUCCGCAGCCUUUAGUCUCUGCAGAGAUCUCGGAUGGUGAUGCCAUGGCCACGCAGGGCCCAGUGGCUAUGGAACAAGAGGCCCAGAAGAUACCAGCCUUCAGUCCCUUCUCCCCGGGGCUCCAGAACAACCCUGUGCCCCGAAGCCGCCGGGAGGUGCCCCCCCAGCUGCAGAUGCCGGGCCCUGAAGCCUCCCAGCCCGUGGCUCAGAGCGCAGCGGGGCAGAAGGGUUCUCCGCAGGGUCAGCCCAGGGCUGCCCCGGCUGCCCGCUUCCAGGAGCUGCUGUCCACCAAGCGGCUGAGCGUGCUGGAGGAGGAGAUGGAAGUCAGUCCAUCCCACUGGAAGUGCAGCUACUGCUCCCUGCUGCACUCUGCCGGGAAAGGCAGUGACACCAUCAAUCUGGUGGGGGACUCGGUGAGAUUCACUCCGUGCAGCCCCUCCAGCCCUGACUUCACCACCUGGUCCUGUUCCAAGUGCACCCUCAAGAACCCCACCCUGGCCCAGAAAUGCAAAGCCUGCGGCUCCUCCAAGCUGCACGGCUUCCAGGAGCACGGGACGCAGGGCGAGCCGUCCUCCCGCUGCCCUGACUGUGGGGCUUGUGACAAGGGCGGCUGCUGCUGCAGCAGCAGGGCCCCGUCCGCCCGCAAGGUCGCCCGCCUCUUCCCAUCCCAGCUGCCUACCGGCCAGGAGAGGCCGGGCCAGUGGGCUUGUCCCGCUUGCACCUUGCUCAACGAGCUCAAGGCCAAGCACUGCGUGGCCUGCCAUACCCCGCAGCAGUACGUGGCCCAGCGCAAGGGCCUCAAGCCCCUGAAGAGACGGGAGAGCAUGCACGUGGAGAAGAGGCGGCAGACGGAUGAGGGAGAGGCCAAAGCCCUGUGGGAAAACAUCGUCACCUUCUGCCGGGAGAACAAAGUCAAUUUUGUAGAUGACAGUUUCCCCCCUGGGCCCAAGUCCGUGGGAUUCCCGGAAGGCGACAGCGUGCAGCAGAGGGUGAAACAGUGGCUGCGACCCCAUGAAAUCAACUGUAGCAUUUUCAAGGACCGAUCGGUGAAGUGGUCGGUGUUUCGGACACCCAGGCCCUCGGAUAUCCUGCAGGGACUGCUGGGAAACUGCUGGUUCCUGAGCGCCCUGGCCGUGCUGGCCGAGCGGCCGGAGCUGGUGGAGAGGGUGAUGAUCACAAGGACGCUGUGUCCCGAGGGUGCCUACCAGGUGCGGCUGUGCAAGGACGGCACUUGGACCACGGUGCUGGUGGAUGACAUGUUGCCGUGCGAUGAGUGUGGAUACCUCCUCUUCUCGCAGGCCCAGAGGAAGCAGUUGUGGGUCGCCCUCAUUGAGAAGGCGCUGGCCAAGCUUCAUGGUUCGUACUUUGCCCUCCAGGCGGGGCGUGCUAUUGAAGGCCUGGCUACACUAACGGGUGCCCCCUGCGAGAGCCUGAUGCUGCAGGUCAGCUCCACUAACCCUCGCGAGGAGCCCAUUGACACUGACCUCAUCUGGGCCAAAAUGCUGAGUUCUAAGGAGGCUGGGUUCCUCAUGGGCGCGUCCUGUGGCGGAGGCAACAUGAAAGUGGACGACGUGGCCUACGAGAGUAUGGGUCUGCGUCCGCGGCACGCCUACUCCAUCCUGGACGUGCGGGAUGUCCAAGGCUUCAGGUUACUGCGGCUCCGAAACCCCUGGGGCCGCUUCUCCUGGAACGGCAGCUGGUCCGACGAGUGGCCGCACUGGCCGGCUCCCUUGCGUCACGACCUGAUGCCCCAUGGCAGCAGCGAGGGCGUCUUCUGGAUGGAGUACAGCGAUUUCAUUAAGUAUUUUGACUCCGUGGAUAUCUGCAAACUCCAUUCGGACUGGCACGAGGUGCGUGUGCAGGGCAUGUUCCCCAACAAGGCCAACGGGCCGGUGACGGUGACAUCGCUGACGGUGUUGGAGCGUGCUGCCCUGGAGUUUGCCCUCUUCCAGGAGGGCAGCAGGCGGUCGGACACGGUGGACAGCCACUUGCUGGAUCUCUGCAUCAUGGUUUUCCGGGCCACCUUCACCAGCGGGAACAAGCUGAGCCUGGGCCGGCUGAUGGCUCACAGCAAACGAGCCGUCAAGAAGUUCGUCAACUGCGACGUCAUGCUGGAGCCGGGCGAAUACGCCGUCGUGUGCUGUGCCUUCAACCACUGGAGCGCCGCCCUGGCAGGCCCUGCCGCCGCCCAGGCAUCCAGUCCCACCAGCAGCCGACCGGCCACUGAUUAUUCCAGCUAUAUCCUGGCCAUCUACAGCUCCCGCCUCGUGAUGGUGGAGCAGGUGGAGGCGCAGCCCACCACGUUGGCGGACGCCAUCAUCCUGCUGACCGAGAACAAGGGCGAGCGCCACGAGGGCCGCGAGGGGAUGACCUGCUACUAUUUGACCCACGGCUGGGCAGGGCUGAUUGUGGUGGUGGAGAACCGGCACCCCAAGUCCUACCUGCACGUCCAGUGCGAUUGCACCGACAGCUUCAACGUCGUCUCCACACGUGGCAGCCUCAAAACGCAGGACAGCGUCCCCCCCCUGCACAGGCAGGUGUUGGUGAUCCUCUCCCAGCUGGAGGGUAACGCCGGCUUCUCCAUCACCCACCGCCUGGCUCACCGCAAAGCCACCCAGGCCUUCCUCAAUGACUGGAUGUCGACGAAGGGCACCCACAACCCGCUGCUCACGCCCGAGGUCGCCGGGCUCCACGGCCCCCGGCCCCUAUGA